AUGACCGUCUUUUCAUGCAAGGCAGCCUUCGACAGUCUCGGUCUCGAGCGAAUCAGGCCAUCCCACGCCCAUGCCUCUCAAGAAUGCCCCAUCUGCCUGGACCCACUCGCCGUCCACCCCAUUCACAACACCGACCCGUCCUCAAUCCUCCAUGCUGCUAUCCGUAUCCUUGCCUGUGGUCACGUCGUGGGCGUAGAGUGUCUCGAGACGUGGCUAAGUGUUGGUAACACGUGCCCAACUUGCAACCGCAUACUUUUUCAGGCGGCCAGCGAACCUAUCACUCAACAAGAUGUGAACAACAUCCUCCACGCUCUCAGUCCCAUGUUCGGAGAAGAUCGUGUCAUGGGCGAGGUGGCGCGCUUAAUGGUCUGGCAGGCGGAAGAGAACGCGCGGCUGCGCCAGAUUCAUGAGGUGGAGAUGGCGAAGUUGAGGGCGACGGAGAGUCAGGUUCGUGACGAGGAGUUCAAGAUGUCUAGCGAUGACUUUCUGGAUAGUGAUGAGGAUGUGGACUUUGGUGAGGGAGAUUAUAUGGACUUAGAGCUCGAGGAGGGUGAAGAUACAUCGGACUGCGUGGAGUAG